CCGUGAAAGCUGGUGUUCGCUGGAGCCAUGUCCCGAUUCUUCCCUGCUGGAGCGCAAGCGGACACAGGAGUCUCCAGAAUGUGAGAACUUCUUGGAGGAUGGGCUGAGUAGCGUCUGUGCCUCGUCACAGGGUGGUCUUAAAAGAGAGUCCGGGAGUGAGUCUGACCUCUUCCCCUUGCCUGGUGAUGGGAUGGAAGACCUUGUCUUUGGAAAGCAGCCUGAAGAGGAGCAAUCUGCAUGCGAUGUCACCAGCUCCAGUUCCUCUGCGGAUGACACCAUGUCCCUGGAGAGGAACUCAUCCCUGGGCAGUGACACAUCCCUUCCUUUCCCACCAAUGGGGAACUUUGUCCAGCCCAAGGACAGGCACAGCCUGGAUGGCAGCUGCAUCAACAUGGUGGCCACAGAGGGAGGAGAGAAGGAAGAGGAGCUGGACAGUAUCACGGAUGUGCCCACUCAUUCCUCCGUCUUACGGAACUCCAUGCGGCCACUGUCACCUUUCCGUCGACACAGUUGGGGGCCAGGGAAGAAUGCCACCAAUGAAGCAGAAAUAAAUCAGAGGAGUUACAGCCUAGAAGGCCUUGCUGGAGACUCUGGUGAGAACAAGAAGCCCUCUACAAACUUGGAGGCAGCUUCUCUGAGCUCCAAAGACCUCAGACGGAGUCCACUUGCCAGCAACCAGUGCGGGUCCCUGGUCUUGCUCACUGAAGAGCUUGAGCAAGGGGAAAUGAGAGACUAUGAUCACCAGAUGCAUCAAACGUCACAGCCACAAGGAUUUAAUUUCUGCUCUUCUGCUGUUUCAUCUCCACUGACCAAAUCUAUGUCUCUAAUGUCAAUUAGUAAACCAGUGCUGGACAGUACGCAGGCAUUCGGCAGCCCCACAGCUUCCUCGGUUCAAAGCAUAUCUGAAGAGAGCAGCAGUGUCCCCGCUGGUAAAGGUGCAACCAAAGUCAGUCGCACCUUCAGCUACCUCAGGAAUAAAAUGUCCAGCAGCAAGAAGAGCAAAGAAAAAGAGAAAGAUAAAGAGAAGACUAAAGAGAAGGAAAAAGAUUCCAAGGAGAAAGAAAAAGAUAAGAAGCUGUUAAAUGGACAUCUCUUCACUGCAACCUCCGUUGUAGCCCAAGCAACCUGUUACCACUGUAUGAAACCUUUCAAUAAGGAUUCGUACUACUGUGCAAACUGCAAUGCAAUUGUUCACAAAGGCUGUAAGGAGAGUGUUGCUUCUUGUGCAAAAGUCAAAAUGAAGCCACAGAGAGGGAUGCUGCAGGCACAUGAUACCUCUUCGUUACCCACAGUAACCAUGAGAAACAAAAGCUCACAACCGAAGGAGCGCCCUCGCUCUGCAAUACUUGCUCCUGAUGAAAACACCGUAACCUCAAUAUUCAAUAACAGGAGAUCACAACAGCCUACAGCACUGUCCAAAAGUGUCUCAAUACAGAACAUUGCAGGAGUUGGGAACGAUGACAGUUUAAUACACACUUGGAAAUUCCUGUCUCAGUCAACAGACUCCCUACAUAAGAUCAGUCGGGUGAAUGAAUCUGUGGAAUCGUUGGUUGAUGAAGGUAAGAGAGCAGACAUGAACGAAGGACAGCUGAUGGGAGACCUGGAAUUAGAUUCUAAGCAGCUGGAGGCAGAGUCCUGGAGCCAAGUAGUGGACAGCAAGUUCCUCCAGCAGCAGAACAAAGACGUUGUCAAACGGCAAGAUGUCAUUUACGAGCUAAUGCAGACAGAAAUGCAUCAUGUCCGCACAUUGAAGAUCAUGAAUGAUGUAUACAGCGCAGGGAUGUUAAAGGAAUUGCAGUAUGAUCAGCAAGUUGUGGACAAGAUCUUUCCCUGCCUGGAAAACUUGCUGCACAUCCACAGUCACUUCUUCCAGCGGAUUCUGGAAAGGAAGAAGGAGUCGCUGGCAGACAAAAGUGAAAAGAACUUUGUUAUCAAGAGGAUAGGUGACAUCCUGGUGAAUCAAUUCUCUGGUGAGAGUGCUGAGCGAAUGAAGAAAACAUAUGGCAAAUUCUGUGGGCAUCACAAUGAGGCAGUAAAUAACUUCAAAGAUCUGUACUCAAAGGACAAGCGGUUUCAGGCAUUUAUCAAGAAAAAAAUGAACAGCUCCCUGAUGAGGCGUCUUGGGAUCUCUGAAUGCAUCCUGUUGGUGACACAGAGAAUCACAAAGUACCCAGUCCUUCUGCAGAGGAUACUGCAGUACACCAAAGAAAAUGAAGUGGAACAUGAAGACUUGACUCAGUCGUUAAACCUUGUUAAAGAUGUGAUUGCUGCAGUCAACAGCAAAGUCAGCAAUUACGAAAAGAAGAUGCGUCUUGGUGAGAUUUACAACCGGACGGAUAGCAAGUCCAUCAUGAGGAUGAAGAGCGGCCAGAUGUUUGCAAGAGAGGACUUGAGGCAUCGGAAGCUCAUCCGAGAUGGGCCUGUUUCACUAAAAAAUGCAGCUGGUCGGUUAAAAGAAGUCCAGGCUGUUCUCCUCUCUGACAUGCUCGUAUUCCUUCAGGAGAAGGACCAGAAGUAUGUCUUUGCCUCACUGGACCAGAAAUCCACUGUGAUAUCUCUGAAGAAAUUGAUCGUGCGAGAAGUGGCUCACGAAGAGAAGGGCUUGUUCCUCAUCAGCAUGGGUGUGAAAGAUCCCGAGAUGGUGGAAGUCCAUGCCAGCUCUAAAGAAGAGCGUAACGGCUGGAUACAGAUCAUUCAAGACACAAUGAACACCAUGGAUAAAGAUGAAGAUGAAGGAGUCCCUUGUGAGUCUGACUUUGAAAAGAAGGUGUCGGAUGCAAAAGUGAGAGGACUGAAAGAACAACUUCAGCAGAAGGAUAAGCAGAUCCUCCUCUUGCUGGAGGAGAAGGCUAAGAUCUUCCGGGACAUGGCAGACAGUUCUGUGCAGGAGGACAUGCCAGGCUCCAGGCUGCUCUUCAGAGCCAACACAGAAGAGGCACCAAAAGGAGAGGCCAUCAUGAAAACUGCAUUAAAUGAAGUUGAACUGCUGCAAGACCUGGUGAACAGGAGCCUGGGCACUGCCCUCGGACAGCAGGUCAGCAGCACUGCCAUGGAACAAGAAGGAGGAGUUGGCCCUAUCUCUCUCCCUAGAAGGGCAGAAACAUUUGGAGGAUUUGACAGUCAUCAGAUGAAUGCCUCCAAGUGUGGAGCGAAAGACGAAGGCGAGGAUGCUCAGGACCUUCGGAGAACAGAGUCGGACAGCAUUUUAAAGAAGGGAGGAAAUGCUAAUUUGAUGUUCAUGUUGAAAAGGAAUAACGAGCAGGUCCUCCAAACCAUUACCAGCCUCCAUAAGCUGCUCAGUGCUUUGCAGGGUGUUGUGCUGCAGCAGGACACCUACAUCGAGGACCAGAAGCUGGCUUUGAGUGAGAGGGCUCUGACCCGAAGCUUCUUCCGGCCGACCUCACUGCUGGAACAGGAGAAGCAGCGCAACUUGGAGAAGCAGCGCCAGGAGCUGGCCAACCUGAAGAAGCAGCAGACGCAGCACCAGGAGGAGAGGCGGAGGAGAGAGAAGGAGUGGGAAGUUCGGGAGAAGGAGCUGGCGGAGCAGGAAGCCCACUUGGCCCAGCGAGAGGAGCAGGUCCAGAGAGGGUGGCAGGACCUUGAGCGGGAGCGAGAGGAGCUGCAGGUGAAGAAGGCCUCCUACCAGCUUGACCUGGAGAGGCUUCGCACGGCACAGAAGCAGCUGGAGAGGGAGAAGGUGCAGUUCAAGCAGGACGUGGAGCGGUUAGCUCAAAUGCGGCAGGAGCCAGACCACAACCAGGUUUCAAAUCUACAUGAGAAACUUGCAAGAGUCUCCUCCCAGUCCAGCAUCGAUGAGUCCUCCAAGCAGAAGAGCCCUUCCCUUCCUAAACAAGGGCACUUUGAUGCAGAACUGUCUGUUUCCCCUAAAAGGAACAGUCUUUCAAGGACACACAAAGAGAAAAGCACUUUCCAUUUGCUUAGCACAACAAACCAGACUAACAAGGCAGCUGAGGAACAGCCCCAGAUGCCUACUCGCCUCUUCAGUUUAGCCAAACCAAAGGACAAGAAGGAAAAGAAGAAAAAGGGCCGGGGACAUCGCUCCCAACAGUCUGAUUCUCACUCAUCAGAAGCACCUCCAGAGGGUGAGGAGAUCUUCUGCUGAGCACAGACAGUUCCAUCGGUCACUCUCAGCAUUGGUACAUCUCCCUGCCUGCUCCACAGCACGCUGCUGGUGCCUGCAUCUGACAAGCAUCUGGAGGUUUUAUAUAUAACACGUUACAAGUCUGUUCAGUGGUGGGAAGGGGCCUCUCUCCUGUGGUUCUGGGUGAAUUCUCACCUCAGAGGCUGACUGCAUGGCAAAUAGUACUGUCUCUCUGUGCAAACCUUGGGUUAAAUGGAUUGGGGUAGAUGUUUUCUGUCUCUUCUUACUGCUAAAGGGUGAGAGAACAUAGCCUUAAGGGGUCUGUGCCUUCAAAUUCCCCUUUUCCGGGGAACAUAACAAAAACCAAGCAUUUAGCAAAAGAUUAGGACUCUACAAAGGGUGCGUACACACUGGCAUAUAUAGAUAUACUGUAUAUAUACAUAUAUGUAUCUAUGUAUCCACUGGGAUAUGCUUACAGUCUGUACAGCCGAGCUUAGCUUGGCCCAUGGGGAUAGAUGAUGCCUGAUGACUUUCAGGAAGCGUGUAGAUAUUAAAUAUCUUGCCCUUACUGCUCCUGUUGUAACGCCAUUGACUUGCACGCCCCUUUUUGUGCUGGUGGU